AUGUCGCUCGCGACGUCGUCCGCCUCCUCCGCGGCGUCGCCGUCGUCGCUCAACGCGCGCCGUCGCGGCGGACAGACGUCCGCGUCGUCGCCGUCGCCGUCGGCGCGUCGUCUCGCUCUCGUCCUCCGCGCUUCGCCAGAUCUGAGGAGACGGCACCUGGGGACGCGACCGCGGUCGACGUCCGACGCCGCGUCCUCCUCCUCCUCCUCCUCCUCCCCGCGAUCCACCUCCGAGGACGACGCGACCACCGCGCUGAAGGACGAGCUCCUGACCCUCCUCGGGAAGGGCGGCGACGGCGCGCAGCGCAUGGCGCGCGUCGGCGACCGCGCGCGACUCGAAUCGCUCGUGACGUCCCUGGAGGCGAUCAACCCGACGCCGCGUCCGUUCGAGCGCCCGGAGCUCCUCCUGAACGAGUGGCGGCUGGUGACGACGUUCCAGCCGGGCACCGCGGACGUGUCGUUCUUCUCGGCGGAGUCGUGGCGGAAGUACCUCCUCGAGAGCGGGCCGUCGCCGGUGCAGUCGCUCGUGGUCGGGAACAGCACGGUGGAUAACGUGUACCAGGUGUUGAGGGACGACCCGAGAGGUUCGCCGGAGAACGGCGCCAAGCCGCACGUUUUGCCACGUGUACACGAUAUCCACCAAUCUCGCGCCCGCGUGACUGACGCGCUGCUGAUUCCCUCGACCGCGCUUCGUCUUCUUCAGUGGGAAAACGUCGUCGAGUUCGGCCCUCCGGGGACGCAGCUCGUCAUCGAAGCUCAGCUCGAGGGCGCGCGCGACGAGAAUUCGUUCUUCUAUCGCUUCAGCGGGGGCUACUUCGCGAUCGACGGCGAGUGGGGCGGGCCGGACGGUCUGCGGAUUCCGUACCCCGUGCCGUUCGAUCUCCUAGAGAGGGCACGGCCGGGGCAGACCAAGGGGUGGUUCGCGACGACGUAUCUGGACGAGACGUUGAGGCGCGUUCUAUCUCACACUGGUUUCCAUACGACCGCGUCGGCGUGGUGCACGCCGUUCGUUGAGGACGUUCGCCUGAGCAUCUCUCCGCCCGCCCACGCUUUCAAUCCCGACACGCCUCGACGCCUUUCAACUCCGCUUCUGACGCCUAUCAACUCCACCCCCGACGUCGCUUUGUAUGGAACGACCCGAAGGAUAUCGCGCGGGAACAAGGGGAGCGUCUUUGUGUUGAUCAGGCCUGACGGAUAUUGGGACGAUAAGUGA